UUAUUAUAGAAUUUUUGGCCAGACAGCGGUGAUGUCGGUGCGAGAACGCCUAGAGCAGGAUUUUUUUCGCGUCUCUCGCAUAAGAGUUACGAAAAUAAUCACUCAUUUUUAUUGAUACAUAUAUAAUCGCAAAAAGUCGCCAUGACCUCGGGUCAACCUCCGCCAAAUCUUGACGAUAUGUGCGAUGAACCAGCCGAAAUUGAAGGAUGGCUUCGGCAACAGGUCUUGGGCAGCGGCGCCUUUGGGGUGGUCACCCUUUGGAAAAACAGGGAGACUGGAGAACAAAUCGCCGUGAAAAAAUGCCGCUGGGUGGACGACCCGGCUCUUACCCCAAAGCACAAAGAGAGGUGGACGAAGGAAGUGGAAAUCAUGCAGCGCCUUCGCCACCCUGGCGUGGUCAAAGCCCUCACCGUCCCUCCUGAGCUGGAGCGAGAGCUCAGGGUAGAAUUGCCUCUCCUGUGCAUGGAGUAUUGCUCUAAGGGUGAUCUUCGACAGGUACUGAACAUGUCUGAGAACUGCUGCGGCCUCAGCGAGGUUGAGGUCAGGUCUAUAGUAAAGGACAUAGCAAGCGCUGUGGGAUAUUUGCACUCAAACAAAAUUACUCAUCGCGAUCUUAAGCCGGAUAAUAUUGUUCUCCAAGAGGGAGAAAAUAAUCAAAUAAGUUACAAACUGAUCGAUUUGGGAUAUGCCAAAGAGCUGGACCAGAGCAGUAUGGCUGCCUCUUUUGUAGGGACUCUGCAAUAUUUGGCCCCUGAACUCUUUCUAAACACCAAGUACAGCUGCACAGUUGAUUACUGGAGUUUAGGUUUAUUGACUCAUGAAAUAAUCACUGGGGUGCGUCCAUUUUUGCCGCAAAUGUCCCCAGUUGCUUGGAUGACCCAUGUGCAGAAAAAGGCUAGGGAUGAUAUUUGUGCCUUCCAGACUGAGGACGGAAGUAUCGUCUUCAGCAAAGAGCUCUACUCUGAGAAUCACAUUUCAUCCACAUUCCAGUAUCACAUGGAAAGGUGGUUGAGGAUUCUUUUGGACUGGGACCCGAAAAGACGAGGACGUCAGUCGGCAGACACCGAACUGCUUGUUUUCACGAUGCUGGGCUCCAUUUUGACCAAAAAAAUUGUGCCCGUUUUUUGUGUACCUGAGUGCCGAGUACUGAGUUACGAGGUGGACGGAACUACAGAACUGGCCACUUUGCAACAGUGGAUUGCCAGGGACACUGGUCUAGCUGUAAAAGACCAAGAACUUCUGUUCCCAAGAGGAACUACUCCUGAUCCGUCUUUGUCUGCUGACCAGUGUUGCCUUCAUAAUGAUGGGACAAUUUGGUUCUUGUAUGUGCUGCAGAAAGGAAGACUUGAGUUGCCUCAGGUGAAGCCAAACAUUCCCACUCUGGUGGGUCAAAUGGUCUCCGACAUCAAGAGUGUCUUCGAGUACCAGUUUCAGCGGAGAUCCUGGGCGCAUGCCGUCUUUUUCCUGCAGCAAGAGGCCAGUUUGUACUGCAAUUUCCUGCGUGCUCACCGAGCUAAGAUGUUGUCUGUCUUGAGCAAAACCUGCGAGCUUGGGAAACUUGUGCAGCGAGUUCAACAGGAAAAACAGAGAUUAAGUUCAUUGAAGGAUUUGUUUACUGCAUCUCUAGAAUUUGAUCUAUCCAAAGUUUCAGAGCUUAAAAGCUCUAAUUUAGAAAAAAUAUCUGGAGUUUGGUCCGAGUCGAAAACACAGUUAUUGAAUAAAAUCAUGACUGUGGACGAAAGACUCUCACAACUAGAAAUUGAGGCAGAGGCCAUUGGAGGCCUGGCCCUGCAACUCCAAAGAAGUCCUUUUGCUCGAAUCAGGAUUUCGUCUAAUUUAGACAGCUUAGCUGAAGCUGGCCAAAACUGCUAUGAAGCUCUGAAACGGAGAAACAAAGAGCAGCGGAAAGUUCUGCAGAACAACAGUGAAAUGGCCAGGGUAGUUUACAACUGCCUGAAACACAGGGACAAGCUGUUGCACGACGAGCCCUUUUCUCAACACCUGAAGCAAUUAAUAGAGUGUCAGACUGGGACUGACAAGGUCACAGCUCCGAUGGAAAGUUGCCUUUUGGAAAUUGCCAGGCUGCAGGAAGAAAUCACCAAGUCCCAGUUGCAACGACAAGAGGACAUUUGGCUCUCGGCUGUGCAUGGUCAUAUUCCGCCCACUGUUCCGAGUCGAGGUGCCUUCCCAAAACAAGCAGAAGCCGUCCAAAAACAACACUCAAAGGCUGAGAGUCCACCUUCCGACCCUUGUCAAUGCAAAAGUGUUGGUGUCGCCGGUCAAAAUCCACCACAAGAUCAGUCUGCUGAUGUCAUAAAAGAAAAUCAAGAACUAAGAUACUUGACCCAAGAACUCAUGAACAAGGGGUAUGGAUUGUACAGAGAUGUGCUUGGUUUGGAUCUGGACGAAUUUCUCAACUCAUUAGACAAGGAAAAGACUACGGAAUAAUAACAAACCCUCAACUACUGUGCCUAAUUUGCAUAUCUAGCUCUAGUCAUGUAUUCCCUCUGUGUUAUGCAAGAGCAUUUUAAUCAUUAAUGGUAUUUAAAUCGACAUGACAAUAACUUCGCUUUUAACCUGUUGUGUAUUUUGUUACCGUUUGUACAUUGAUUACCCAUUUUGUACUCAUUUGCUGUGAAUAAAAUUUACUAACCUCUCUAUCAAAAAUAUUACUAUGUAUUAUGCUAUUAUAAAAUUUUGAAGUUUUAAAAUUGGUAAUAAAGAAAUAUUUACCCUGA